AUGAGCAAAAAAUGUCAAAAUUGUUUAAACUUUUUUUUGGCAUUUUUUUUGUUCACUUUAAUAGCACCAGAAAAUGGACAAAAUCCAUCGCUUUUACCAGUAACAUGUCGAAAUUACGGUAAAGUAUUAUUGCGUGGUGAACUUGAUGAUUGUGACCCCGAAAAUUUCCGUUGUUACCUUAAAAAUCCGAUUAUUAUCAACGUAACAGAACUUAUUUGCAUUGUGGACGAUGCAAAGCCUCCAAGUAAACCACCACUGGUUUCGUGCCUUGUAACGGAAAAUGUUCCAUUAAUGAAGGAAAAAUGCGCGGAAGAAGGAGAUUGUCACUCGAUAACAUUAUCAUGUCCAGUUAUGAACAGUAUUGGUAAUGAGAUUACCAGUGAUAAUGAUGUGUUAGAGCAAGAUCGGAAUAUUAUCGCUGAACAAGCAAUACAUCCAGCGCAGCUUUUAACUAUUCAUUCUCAGGAUGAUUAUUUUGGGGCAUGCUUUUACUUCAGUAACAAUAACGAUACAAUUGCCCUUGACGAAAAUACCAGAAGUGCUAAAUCUUGCACACCUGUAGAUGCUGUCUGCCGUAUGGUUGAAAUGACUACUGUUGGAAAAUCUACAGUUACUUGUACAGUACAAAAAAGUGGCAAACUUCAUGAAUGUUUGCUAAUUUGGCAGACUAAUAGACAGCCUUGUCGAGAAUCCAACUGCUUGAGUCUUCAUUUGAAUUGUCCGAUUCUCGAUGAAUAUGAAAUGAUUUUACCUAUUCAAAAAAGCAAAUCAGGUAAAUCACUGAUACUUUGA